AUGGCUUUGUGCGGCUUGGAUCGCAGCACGACAGCUGGCUACCCCGAGGUCUUUUUCAGUGUUCUUCCUGAUUUUGUGCUGAAAGGUAGAGUCGUUGGCAAAGGGACGAGGUUCUUCUCCAACUAUCGAACGGUGCAGCUGGUCAAGGUGAUUGCUGUCACCUGCACCAGCUUGCUGUUGGUCUUGCCAAUUGUGGUGUUGUACAUUCUGUCCGAAAAGGACGCCUCCGAAGGUGUCAAAAUCGGCGUCACGGUCCUUUUCGUUGUGUUGUUCGCUCUUGCAUAA